AUCAUAUCAGGCAUACUAUUAGACAGCUAUUGAAGGACCUUAACAAGCAACAUGGCCACUUCGAAAUCUGUCCUGUUCGUGUGUUUGGGGAACAUCUGCAGGUCCCCCAUCGCUGAGGCCGUCUUCAGAAAGCAGGCCACUGACAAAGGAGUCGCUAAUGAUUGGAGGAUAGACAGCGCCGCCACCUCCACCUACGAGAUCGGGAACCCCCCGGACCACCGCGGCCUGGCCUGCAUGAAGAGGCAUGCGGUGCCCAUGCGGCACGUCGCACGGCAGGUGACCCAGGAUGACUUCCAGUCGUACGACUACAUGUUGUGCAUGGAUGAGAGCAACCUGAGUGACUUGAACAAGAAGGCGAGCAAGGUGAAGAACUGCAAAGCCAAGGUCGAGCUCCUCGGUUCCUACGACCCCCAGAAGGUGCUCAUCAUCCGGGACCCCUACUACGGCAGCGACCAGGACUUCGAGACCGUCUACGAGCAGUGCGUGCGCUGCUGCAACGCGUUCCUGGAGGCCAACUCUUGAUUUCCGAGAUCCGAGGGGAACGGUUGCCGGGCGGGGCGGCGGGGAGGGGGCGGGGAUGGGUAGCGGAUGAUGGACAGCUGGCAGAGCCACUGUGUCGGUGGGGGUGUCGUCACAUGAGGUCCCUCUCCACAUGGCUCUCUCAAAGGCAGGAGGGGGGGUGGGGGUAGUGAGAGUAGGGCUUCUCAUCAUAGCUCAGGAUCAUGUCUUAAACCGUUCAAUAAACAAUUCCGUGUGUUAGAUCUUAGAUCAUUAGAUACGCUCGUAUGCAGCACUUGCAGAUCACAACAGCCACCUCCAGUUUCCCUUUUCUGAGGGGAAACGUGAAAUAACUAACUAAAUAAACGUCUGAUAAAGAAAAUCAAAUUAGGUGAACUGUUUUCUCUUUGCACGCACUUCCCCUCUGCACAGACGCACAGAGACCUCAUGUUACUCCUCCACUCUUAAGCCUACACCUACUGCCGAAGCUCUCUGUGCUACACCCUCUAAUCUCCUGUGCAAACAGUCUGACGAUGUAGGUUCUACAAUACUGCCCUGCUGAAUUUCAAAAACAGCCUGACCAGCUUGAGGUGGUUUUCUGGUUGACCUGCUUGUUUGACCAGACCACCUUAUGAUGGUUGACCAGCUACAGUAGACCAGCAAAAGCAGGGUGGGUACUUCUCUGUGUCAUCUCCACUGAUGUGAAUGUAGUAGAAGCACAUGAGAAGAGUGCGGAAUAGGAGGAGCUUAGACGGCAUGGAGUCAGAAAUGCUGUGGAACAGAGUGGUGGGAUGUCGAAUGAGGUUCAUCGGCACGACGUCAGUUUGGAAUUAGAUAAUAGAGCAGGACCGAAUCGGCCAAAAUGAGGUCAGAAAGCCAUUUCUUUUUGAAACAGUAUAUGGUGUAAACUGAAAGAACCUAAACGGACUUAGUUUUGGAACGCCUGUAGUGACUUCAGAUUGUUAUUGCCGUUAUGUCACAAGCUGUUAGUUGCUAUAUUGCUGAAGUGUCAUUUGAACUUUAACACAUUGAGAAAUGGCUUAAAAAAAAUAAAAACGAAAUGAGAUGAAUGUUAACUCUCCUUUGGAAACAGGAAAAGACUAUACUUUGGAUGCACCCUUGAGUUGUAAUGUCA